AUGAUCAUCCCAAGCGAUAUCUCGAGCCUCAACAACGUACGCCUGGCCGUGGCUCUGCCACUUGCCCUGGUGGCUCUUGGCUUCCUCCGCGCGAUAUACAGAGCCGUCUACAACAUCUACUUCCACCCACUCUCCUCCUUCCCAGGCCCCAAGCUCAACGCAGUGACGCGUCUGCCCUUCACUCGCAUGCUCACCGCCGGCCAUGCACAUAAGACCCUCUUCGACCUGCACCAAAAAUACGGCCCCAUCGUGCGCCUCGCCCCAGACACGAUCGACUUCGCCGACCCGCGUGCCUUCAAAGAUCUCAUGGGUCACUCCAAGGGCGGCGGCUCCGGUGGUGAGAAUUACAAGGACCCCGUCAACGCCCGCUACAAGCCCCACAGCAUCAUCAACUCCAACCGUGAGGACCACGCCCGCAUCCGCCGCGUCCUCGCGCACGGCUUUUCCGCGCAGAGCAUGGUCGCGCAGGAGCCCUUGAUCCAGAAGCAGGUCGACUUGCUGAUCCAGCGCCUGCACGAGAACUGCGAGGGCGGCAACAAGGCAUUGAAUAUGGUGUCAUGGUACAACUGGACGACGUUUGACAUUAUUGGCGACCUGGCUUUUGGGGAGCCGUUUGGAUGCCUUGAGAGCUCCGAGUACCACCCCUGGGUGUCUGUCAUUUUCGACAACAUCCACGCCGGGGUGUACAGGAACCAGUUACAGCGGUACGCGCUGACGAGGCCGUUUGCGAAGUGGUUGAUGCCUAAGGACUUGAAGCAGAAGCAACGCAUGCACAAUAAGCUGAGCCAGGAAAAGGUCGAGAGACGGAUGGCGUUGGGCGAGUCGAGGCCAGAUUUUGUGCAGUCCAUGAUGAUGAAGGAGGGCCCUCUGGCAAUGUCCAAGCCCGAAAUUGAGCAGACCGCCGACACCCUCAUCAUCGCCGGCUCCGAGACAACGGCAUCAGUGCUCUCCGGCGUCACUUACUUCUUGACGAUGUACCCCGAAGCUAUGGCCAAGCUCGCCGAAGAGGUUCGAACAUCCUUCAAUUCCGAGCAGGAAAUCGACAUCCUGAGUGUCCAGCGCCUCAAGUACAUGCUCGCUGUUCUCGACGAGAGCAUGCGUGUCUACCCCGUCGUGCCGUUCGGUCUUACCCGAGUCGUCAAGCCGGGCGGCGACUACAUAUGCGAGACCUACGUACCCGGAGGCACGAGAGUCAUGGUCUCCCAAUGGUCCAUCUACCGUAACGAAAAGUACUUUGCCCAACCGACCACCUUCAUCCCCGAACGCUGGCUCGGCGACCCCCGCUUCGAGAACGAUGAUCGAAGCGCUCUUCAGCCCUUCUCAUUUGGACCUCGCAACUGCAUCGGAAGAAACCUGGCCUACUCUGAAAUGCGCGUCAUCCUCGCUAGAGUCAUCUGGAAUUUCGACCUUAAGGUAGCAGAGGACAGCACCAACUGGACGGAGCAGAAGCUCUACGGAUUGUGGAAGAAGGGACCUUUGAACGUCCAUCUGACACCAAGGAAGAUGGAGUAA